UCAACAAAUUUCACCGAAAACGGAAUCGAAGAAGAAAGCCGCAUCAGAAUUUUCAACGAAUUUCUGAGUUCUUCUCAUAGAGAAUCCAAACCCAGUUUCAUCGCAUUUCACCAAACCCUUUUCACCAUCGCAGUGACGGCAACGAAGCUGAAGAAUGUUCACCAUCGCUCAUUUCACAGGACGACAUCGCAUUGGUAAAACGAAGGUUCUCAAAGGAAGCCUCAAGAACAAAGGCAAUGACGUGAAAAGCUUGGACAAUUGCGAAUGUGUAUUUUAUGAAGAUAUUGAAGGCUCACAAGAUGUUCGGAAUCCAACCGUAUCUGCAUUAACUUUUGGCAAAUCGACCAAUUUAAGGUCUUCUAACCAGGACAUCACUUGUUGCCAUUCUUACUCGGGAAUCCCUUCAUUUGUGAAAUGCCUUCAAUUUCGGAUCUGUUCUCUAUAGUAACAGACCGCUCUCGUUAUACACAUCACAGAGAAAGAUGGCUUGCCGGCAGUUAUGGGCUUCAAGAGCUGCAUCAUACCUCAGGAUCUCUGUCUUUCACAGAAGCUUCUCUUAUGAAUGGUGGAAACUCGUCUUAUACUGUUGUAGAUCAUACUUACGAUGCAGUUGUGGUUGGUGUUGGUGGUGCUGGUUUGAGAGCUGCUAUUGGACUUUCGGAACAUGGAUUCAAUACUGCUUGUAUUACUAAGCUUUUCCCAACUCGUUCACAUACUGUUGCAGCUCAGGAUGCCAUCCAAUAUAUGUGUAGGGAAGCGCCAAAAGCAGUUAUUGAACUAGAGAAUUAUGAGUUGCCUUUUUCUCGAACAGAGGAGGGAAAAAUAUAUCAGCGUACAUUUGGUGGCCAAAGCUUAAACUUUGGAAAAGGUGGUCAAGCUUACCGUUGUGCAUGUGCUGCUGAUCGAACUGGACAUGCUUUAUUGCACACUCUCUAUGGCCAGGCUAUGAGACACAAUACACAGUUUUUUGUGGAAUAUUUUGCCUUGGAUCUUAUAAUGAAUAGUGAUGGUACUUUCCAAGGAGUGAUUGCCUUAAAUAUGGAGGAUGGGACACUACAUCGUUUCCAAGCUGCUUCAACAAUUUUGGCCACAGGGGGUUAUGGUAGGGCAUACUUCUCAGCAACCUCAGCACAUACAUGCACUGGAGAUGGCAAUGCCAUGGCUGCACGUGCUGGAGUUGCACACUGACACCACUAUAUGAAUAAUUUAUGAAUAUUAGUGAGUUUUAUUUUAUCGCCUAAUUCACAAUGAGCUUUUGUGAUAUAAUCUCAUUAUUCAUCGCUUUUGUUUUGAAGCCUUAAUGUUAGACUCUUGCUUGGUUUGGUCACUAUCUGUUCCGUUAUACACACACAAACAGAAGAGACACCAAGGUCAUAGAAUUGUUUCCAAAUUGUUUUUCAUGAGAUCUGAUUUCUCUCCUCUCUGUAUUUGAACA